UUGACAGCUAAGCACACUUGGUUUAAGACUGCGGGAGAGAGAGAGAGACACAGAGAGCGCAUUGCAUUGCUCUGCUCGUCCCCUUGGGUCCAUUCGAUCCGUCUCCCUGACUUCGAUUUUCUCUCUUUCUUCUUCUCCUGGAUUAUUGGUACGGGAUCCGGUGGAGAUUUUGCUGAUUUAUCCCGGGUAAUUCAAUUGGAUUCCUUGCAAAUCUAACUGCUCACGUUGUUUCUAGCACAAAGAUCGCGUCUUUCAGCUAUUUCUAUGCAGAUCUGGGCUUUCAUCUGAGAAAAAAUGCUUGCUUUUUGAAGCAUAGUGCUUUAGGCAUGCAUAGAUCUUGUUGAGACUGAGGUGAUAUUUUAAUCUAUUGUUCACAUUUGGGCAAAGAGAAGUGGGUGCCUAUGGAAUCAGAAGGAGAAACUGGGGCAAAAGCCACAAAGAACCUGGGCGGACAGGUCUGCCAGAUCUGCGGUGAUAAUGUUGGGAAGAGUAUAGAUGGCGAACCAUUCAUUGCCUGUCAUGUUUGCGCUUUCCCUGUCUGCAGGCCUUGCUACGAGUAUGAGAGGAAGGAUGGGAAUCAGUCAUGCCCUCAAUGCAAAACCCAAUAUAAAAGGCACAAAGGCAGCCCUGCAAUUCUCGGUGAUAGAGAAGAGGAUGCUGAUGCUGAUGAUGGUGCUAGUGACUUCAAUUACACUUCAGAAGACCAAAACCAAAAGCAGAAGAUUGCAGAGCGCAUGUUGAGCUGGCAUAUGACAUAUGGACGUGGAGAGGAUGUUGGGGCCCCCACUUACGAUAAAGGGGUUUCUCAUAACCACAUUCCUCUGCUCACUAAUGGAAUGGAGGUUUCUGGAGAAUUGUCUGCUGCAUCACCUGAGCAUCUUUCUAUGGCUUCUCCCGGAGUUGGUGGCGGAAAGCGUGUCCAUCCUCUUCCUUAUGCGUCUGAUGUUAAUCAGUCACCUAAUGUUAGGGCUGUGGAUCCAGCGAGGGAAUUUGGCUCACCGGGAUUAGGCAAUGUAGCGUGGAAAGAGAGAGUUGAUGGGUGGAAGAUGAAGCAAGAAAAGAAUGUGGUUCCAAUGAGCACCGGCCAAGCCAAUUCUGAAAGGGGGGUUGGAGAUAUUGAUGCCAGCACUGAUGUGCUCGUGGAUGACUCUUUACUGAAUGAUGAAGCUCGGCAACCUCUCUCGAGAAAGGUUUCUAUUCCAUCUUCUAGGAUCAACCCUUAUAGGAUGGUCAUUGUUCUGCGUCUUAUUAUUCUCUGCAUUUUCCUGCACUAUCGAAUCACAAAUCCUGUGCCCAAUGCCUAUGCUCUGUGGUUAAUAUCUGUGAUUUGUGAGAUUUGGUUUGCAAUAUCUUGGAUACUGGAUCAGUUCCCCAAGUGGCUGCCUGUAAACCGCGAGACAUAUCUUGACAGGCUUUCACUGAGAUAUGACCGAGAAGGAGAACCAUCACAGUUAGCUGCAGUUGAUAUAUUUGUCAGUACUGUUGACCCUUUGAAGGAACCUCCUCUUGUGACAGCCAAUACUGUGCUAUCCAUUCUUGCUGUUGACUACCCUGUUGAUAAGGUCUCUUGCUAUGUAUCUGAUGAUGGAGCUGCCAUGUUGACAUUUGAAGCUUUGUCCGAAACAUCCGAAUUUGCAAGGAAAUGGGUUCCUUUUUGCAAGAAGUAUAGCAUUGAGCCUCGGGCCCCAGAAUGGUACUUCACACAGAAGAUCGACUACUUGAAGGACAAGGUUCAACCAUCAUUUGUCAAAGACCGUAGAGCUAUGAAGAGAGAAUAUGAAGAAUUUAAAAUCCGUGUUAAUGGGCUUGUUGCUAAGGCACAAAAAGUUCCUGAAGAAGGAUGGAUUAUGCAAGACGGCACACCAUGGCCUGGAAACAACAUCAGAGACCAUCCAGGAAUGAUCCAGGUUUUCUUGGGCCAAAGCGGAGGGCUUGAUGCUGAGGGUAAUGAACUGCCACGUUUAGUCUAUGUUUCUCGUGAAAAGCGUCCUGGUUUUCAACAUCAUAAGAAAGCCGGUGCUAUGAAUGCGCUUGUUCGAGUAUCGGCAGUCCUUACCAAUGGACCUUUCUUGUUGAAUCUGGAUUGUGAUCACUACGUCAACAACAGCAAGGCCUUGAGGGAAGCUAUGUGUUUCCUAAUGGAUCCAAACCUUGGGAAACAUGUUUGUUAUGUCCAGUUUCCACAGAGAUUUGAUGGUAUUGAUAGGAAUGACCGAUAUGCCAACCGUAAUACUGUUUUCUUUGAUAUAAACUUGAGAGGCUUGGAUGGCAUUCAAGGCCCUGUUUAUGUGGGUACUGGAUGUGUGUUUAACAGAACAGCAUUAUAUGGUUACGAACCACCUCUCAAACCUAAGCAUAAGAAAGCUGGAGUUCUGUCUUCACUUUGUGGUGGCUCACGGAAGAAGAGUUCAAAGUCCAGUAAAAAGGGUUCAGACAAGAAGAAAUCUAGCAAGCAUGCAGACCCCACUGUGCCUAUUUUCAGUCUGGACGAUAUAGAGGAGGGUGUGGAAGGCGCUGGAUUUGAUGAUGAAAAGUCACUACUCAUGUCACAAAUGAGCCUGGAGAAAAGGUUUGGUCAGUCUGCUGUUUUUGUUGCCUCAACACUUAUGGAGAAUGGUGGCGUUCCACAAUCUGCAACACCAGAGAAUCUCCUUAAAGAGGCUAUUCAUGUCAUCAGCUGUGGUUAUGAGGACAAAACAGACUGGGGAUCUGAGAUAGGAUGGAUUUAUGGUUCUGUUACUGAAGAUAUUCUUACGGGAUUCAAGAUGCAUGCUCGUGGUUGGCGGUCAAUUUAUUGCAUGCCCAAGCGCCCAGCCUUUAAAGGGUCUGCUCCUAUUAAUCUUUCUGAUCGUCUGAACCAAGUGCUACGAUGGGCUCUAGGUUCUGUGGAAAUUCUUCUCAGUAGACAUUGCCCUAUCUGGUAUGGUUACAAUGGCAGGCUUAAAUGGCUGGAGAGAUUCGCAUAUGUGAAUACCACCAUCUAUCCAAUUACUGCCAUUCCUCUUCUUAUGUAUUGUACUUUGCCAGCUGUUUGUCUACUCACUAACAAGUUCAUCAUUCCACAGAUCAGUAACAUUGCAAGUAUAUGGUUUAUAUCGCUCUUUAUUUCCAUCUUUGCAACUGGUAUCCUAGAAAUGAGGUGGAGUGGUGUUGGAAUUGACGAAUGGUGGAGAAAUGAACAGUUUUGGGUUAUUGGUGGUGUUUCAGCCCAUCUCUUUGCCGUUUUCCAAGGUUUGCUCAAAGUACUAGCCGGAAUUGACACCAACUUCACUGUUACAUCCAAGGCAUCCGACGAAGAGGGAGACUUUACCGAACUGUACAUGUUCAAGUGGACAACCCUUCUUAUCCCACCAACAACUCUACUUAUCAUAAACUUGGUUGGGGUCGUUGCGGGGAUCUCCUAUGCCAUCAACAGUGGUUACCAAUCAUGGGGUCCGCUCUUUGGCAAGCUAUUCUUUGCCUUUUGGGUGAUCGUCCAUCUUUAUCCCUUCCUUAAAGGUUUGAUGGGUCGGCAGAACCGAACACCCACCAUUGUUGUCGUCUGGUCAAUUCUUCUCGCAUCCAUUUUCUCUUUGUUGUGGGUGCGGAUAGAUCCAUUUACCACUAGAGUUACUGGUCCAGAUAUAGUGCAGUGUGGAAUCAACUGCUAGAAGUAAUUAAGGCUGCUUGGAAGACCAAAAAUCCGUUCUUUGUAAGUUAUUCUCCUUGCCCAACAAGAGUUUGAGAGGAGGGAAGUUAAUGUAAUUGUGUCUCAUAUUUUUGUUGUAACCUUCUGUAUGUGAGCCUGUCUGUGCUUGUGAAGUUUACGUUAUGUGCAGAUCAUAGGUGGUAAAGAAAAUCAUUUUGUCGUUGCAGGAGUGAUUUUAUGUAUUACUUUUGGACAACUUAUUCUGAACAAUGGACACUGUUUAUGGAAUCAAUUUAAUUAUUAUACGUAUACA